AUGCAAACAAUUAUACUACUUAUUGGUGUAUGCUGCUGUUCCCAAGUGCGAGGACAACCAAAGUGGAAAGAUUGCUCCGAUCGUACUGGCGUCGUAACAACGUUUACGAUCAAAGAAUGCCCCAGAGAACCAUGCGUAUUGGCAGCUGGUCAUAAAAUUACUGGGAGGAUUGAAUUUGUUUCAACGAGAAGUCAUAAAGAUGUCGUAAUAUGGAUGAGUAUACCGAUCGUAUUUGGUCUUAGGAAGUGGAUAAAAUUGCCGUAUCCGUACUCGGAUGGAUGCAGGUAUGCGACACCGCACUGUCCAAUCCAGCGUGGGCUCAAGUAUACGGUCGAGGUUCAGGCAAUUGUUCCAAAAGUAAAAUACAACGGCAGCGCUCAGCUCAGUUUAUACGAUUCCAAAAAUUACAAGAUUGUGUGCGUGGACUUGCGUCUCAUUAUCCAGUAGCCAACGGAAUCAACAGCGGCAAAGAUGGAGG